CGGAGUUAGAAGAGCAGCUGAGGAGCCUUGGAGUAAAGGACGCACUCAAUCUUAUGUGUAUCAGCUGACUGAAGCUGCCGUCCAUCUUUCUGAGGCACAGAGGAAUCCCUGGAAGAGUGCGAGACUUGACAAUAUGAACUUGUCCUACGUGGUUGCUUGUGGACUUUUGGUCACCCUGCUUUCAGAAAAGAUGGAAGCAAAGCCUUUAACACAAGCACAGCAGAAGUCGCUCAGAAGUUUGCUGGGUGAUGAGCUGGCAGAGUUUCUGGAGUCGGAGGAGCGGGAGAGGCGGAUAGACUCCGUGCGCUCUCGGAUGCGGUUACUGCGGGAUUUACGCAUGGACACCCGGGCCAGGGGGAUGUGGGCUCGUCUCCUUAACGACCAGACCGCCACCAGGAGGCACAAGUCCGGGAGCAAGAAAGGGGGCUCCUCAUCACGGAGUGGCUGCUUCGGACACAAGAUGGACAGAAUAGGAACCAUCAGCGGAAUGGGCUGUUAAGGAGCAGCUCAGCCAUGAUCUCUGGACGAUGGGUUUGGACAACACAAGCUGAGUUUGUCGUCCCCUGAGGCAAAAGUGAUGAGAAUUUUGG